GCAGCAUUAGGUCCAGUCUGGCGGUGGGAGGGGCUUCAAGCAGGAGGUCAUCACAAUCAUGGCGUGGAGAGGAUGCGUCAGGAAAUGGGUCAAAACAGAGUUUAUCAGACCUCAAAACACGACUUCACGAAGCUCCAGACUCAACCCCCACAACCAGCAGGCGCGUAGCUUCCGGCAGGAGACCAAAAGACCAGACACGAAGAGAAAAAAUGUCAUCCAAGAAUCGAAUGUGUCACCCUCUGAGGUUGGCACGCCUCCUCCCAAAGUCCCCAGGGUGACACUUUUCAGACCGCUGAUGUUCACAGUAGGGUUUACAGGCUGCUCCUUUGGUGCGGCGGCCAUCCUGCAGUACGAGAAGCUGAAGUCAAGGGUGCAGACUGCUAGAGAUGAAGAGGAGCUGGAAAAAAAUAUGAGGGGCUCCCAGGACAUGGCCCACUGGCAUGAGUGGUGGAACCAGCUGUCCAGCUUCCAGCGACAGCUCAUCCUCCUCAUGUCCAUAGUGGACGACUUCUGGAGCAGCCUCACGGAGGGACAGAAAACUGUCACUGGUAUUAUAGCAGUAAAUGUUGCAGUCUUGUGUUGCUGGCGGGUUCCCUCAAUGCAGAGAACUAUGAUUAAGUACUUCACAUCCAACCCAGCCUCCAAAACUCGCUGCCUUCCCAUGAUUCUGUCCUCCUUCAGCCACUAUUCCAUUAUCCACUUGAUGGCCAACAUGUAUGUCCUAUGGACAUUCUCCUCAGGAAUUGUCUCUCUCUUAGGGAAAGAGCAAUUUCUUGCAGUCUACCUGUCUGCUGGCGUGAUUUCCACAAUGUUCAGUUACAUGUGUAAAACAGCCAGCGGGCGUCUCUAUCCAUCAUUAGGGGCGUCAGGUGCGGUCAUGACAGUACUCGCUGCAGUCUGUGCUAAGGUGCCAGAGGCCAAACUAGGCAUACUCUUCCUUCCCAUGAUCACUUUCACAGCUGGAAACGCUCUGAAAGUGCUAGUGGCCAUAGAUGCCACAGGACUUUUACUGGGAUGGCGGCUGUUUGACCAUGCAGCUCACCUGGGUGGAGCCCUCUUUGGAGUAUGGUAUGUGGCAUACGGUCACAAACUCAUUUGGAGGAAGAGGGAGCCCCUUGUGAAGCUGUGGCAUGGCAUACGUUCUCCAGGUUCCAGGGGCUCCAGGCCUGGAGGUGGACCUGGAGUCGGUGGUGGUAGUGGAGCAGGACCUGGACCUCAAUAAGACUUUCUGAAAGAACUGGAAUCCAGAUACCUCUGAAUAUCUGAAUAUGCAAGGACAUUUUUACCCGUUAAGAUGGAUGUGGGCGGUUAUUAUUCAUGAAUAAAUAUAGGUUUUCACCCAAAAUUG